CGCAACCAGCUGCGACGCGUGCGGCGCAAGACGGUAGAGGCGUAACCCGGGAGGUGGAGCCUUGCUAAGUUGUGAAAAGUCAACUCUUCUCUUUUCCCAUGGAACUUCUGGAGCUUAGGAGGUUUUGAUUCCUACUCUAGAGGAGGCUUCUAGAUCACCAUGGCAACUGGACAGAAGUUGAUGAGGGCUAUUCGAGUGUUUGAAUUUGGUGGACCAGAAGUGCUGAAGCUCCGGUCUGACGUGGUAGUUCCUGUUCCACAGAGCCAUCAGGUCCUAAUCAAAGUCCAUGCCUGUGGUGUCAACCCAGUAGAGACAUACAUUCGCUCUGGGACCUACAGCCGAAAACCUGCCUUACCCUACACUCCGGGCUCUGAUGUGUCUGGUAUCAUAGAAUCUGUUGGAGACAAUGUGUCUGCUUUCAAGAAAGGCGACAGGGUCUUCUGCACCAGCACAGUCUCUGGUGGCUACGCAGAAUUUGCUCUUGCAGCGGAUCACACAGUCUAUCCCCUGCCGGAGUCACUGGACUUGAGGCAGGGGGCUGCCCUGGGGGUCGCGUACUUCACAGCCUGCCGAGCUCUGUUCCACAGUGCCCGUGCGCGAGCUGGGGAGAGCGUUCUGGUUCACGGGGCCAGCGGAGGAGUUGGAUUAGCUACAUGCCAGAUCGCCAGAGCUCAUGGCUUAAAGGUUUUGGGCACAGCUGGUUCUGAGGAAGGAAAAAAGCUUGUUCUGCAAAAUGGAGCCCAUGAAGUGUUUAAUCACAAAGAAGCCAACUAUAUUGAUAAAAUCAAGACAUCUUGUGGUGACAAAGACAAGGGGGUUGAUGUGAUUAUUGAGAUGUUGGCAAAUGAGAACCUCGGCAAUGACCUGAAGCUUCUGUCCUACGGAGGGCGGGUCAUUGUUGUUGGCUGUAGAGGUCCCAUUGAGAUAAACCCAAGGGACACCAUGGCAAAAGAGACAAGCAUAAUUGGAGUCUCGCUCUUUUCAUCCACCAAGGAGGAGUUUCAGCAGUUCGCAGGCAUCCUCCAAGUAGGAAUGGAAAAAGGUUGGGUGAAACCUGUGAUAGGUUCUGAAUAUCCAUUGGAGAAGGUGGCCCAGGCCCAUGAAGACAUCAUCCACGGCAGUGGGAAGACCGGGAAAAUGAUUCUCCUCUUAUGAGCCCUGCUCUUGUCCCUGGGACACCUUCUUCCCCAAGUCUCUGCUGCACUGUCUUUAAUCAGUGUUCAUUUGACUGAGGUUCAUGUAGUAAAAACACGACUUUAGGGAGUAGACACAGUGAUGUAACUGCAGAGAGUGGGAGUGCCCUGUAGAGUCUUCACAUGAAUCAAAACUUUUUAGUUCCUUUUUCUUCAUUUUCUUUGUUUGGUUGGAUGUUUUUGUUUUGUGCUUGAGACAGGAUCAUUCUCUGUAGUUCAUGCUGGCCUUGAACUCAUGGUGAUCUUUCUGCCUCAGCCUUCUAAGUGCUGGGAUAAUUAAUAGUCAUGUACGACCAUACACAGCUCCAUCUCAGACCUUCUUAUCUGAUUAAUUUCAUACCUUUGAAUAAAAUGUACAAAUUCA